AUGGACCCAAUUCGACCAGAAUUCGAACUUUCGGACUUAGCAGGACUUGAGUACCAUCGUUGGGUAGCUGAUGUGGAAACUACCUUUGUGGCAAAGGACUUCACCUCCACUAUCAAACCAUCUACCGACGCUGCUCCGCCAACUGAAAAAGACAAAAAUCAUGCUCUGAUGUUCCUCAAGAGGCACAUCGAUCCUAACAUACGUUGGGGUUAUCAUAACUUGAAAACAACAAAAGAGCUAUGGGAUGCUCUAGAUAGCCGUUUUGGGAACAUUCAUGAUUCCUUAAUACCACAAUUGAACGCUGAUAACAAGAGAAUCACCACAUUCAGUAGGUUGAUAAACUUAUUGCAAGUGUCCAAAAGACACAAUGAGAUUCUUGUCAAUAACAAUGCCAGAGCUGUCGGGAAAAAGAAAGUUCCCAGAGCUAACCAUGGCAAGGUCAAUAAGGGAAAGGGCCCCAAAGGAAAAAGGGCUCGACAUUCUGAUUCACAUCCCCAUGAUCCAUACCCACGUGGAGAUAACACCUCUCGUGGAAGAGGACGUAAGGGACAUAAUCGAGGUCGAGGACGUAACGAUCACUCUAAUGUUUGGCAUAGAGAAGGAACUUCUGGCCAUAGUGGUGGUGAUCCUAAGUUCGAGAAAACACCCAAAUAUUCCACUAACAAAAGGACCGCAGAUGAAAGUGCGCCUUGUUUUAGGUGUGGAUCUACCAGAAAUUGGUAUAAGCAUUGCAAGGCUAGUUCCAAUAUAGCUUCGAGCUACAAAAAGUACCGGGAAACUCUCCAACAAGAGGCUAACUAUGUGGAAGAAAAUGAUGUAGCCCCUGACGUCAACCUGACAAUCUUAGACUUCCUGGGCAAUGAGGACUUUUCCAAACAAUGGAUGUUCCUGAUUUUGCUUGGGCCUAAGAAUUUAGUUUCUUGUUUUAUAGCUUGCUAG